AUGCUUCAUCCCCGGGCUCAUACCACUGUAGCACGGCUUUGCAGGACAAGUUCGGCAUUCGCGUCGGCGUCGGUCGCCGUUCAGGAGCAAUUCCCUGAUUCCUGGCCGAUGGAGUACCAGGGACUUAAGGGGAUCGGGUUCUGGGUUGUUGGGAUUGUGGAGGGAGGUGUUUCGGAGAAUUCUUUCUGCUUGGGGACGGACAUUUGGAUGAUUCAGAUGGAUUUUAUUUUCUGUUACAUCCCGCCCUGUCGGCAUAUUAGAAAUCAAAAGAUCAUCAAUGCAACGACUCAACGCGAGAAAUAG